GCCGUACGGAGUGAGAAUAAUGCAAUCCAGCUGAGAAAUGCAGCAAAGGCGCAAGCAUUGGUAAAGCAGAGAGAGCCCUUGGCUUGUCAGGAGCAGGUCGCCGGAUUUACAAGGCGGCUUCGGGCUCGGGCUCGGGUCGUCGCUCGGAAACACUAGUUACCAACUGAGCAACCAAGCGCAGGAUAAGGGCGUAACAAGGUGGACCGAGACUUGACUCCGAGCCAAUCAAGAGGGCGCUGGACCUGGAUGCCUUCGUGACGACUUACACGCCUGACAAUGCAAGCCACGUAGGGGCCAUUCAAGCCCGCCAGAUGACUCAGAAAAUAGAAUGGCGUAACCAAGCUUGUCAAUCAUGUGGGCUAAGCCGACACGCGAGAAUCCUUUAGACAGGAUUAUUAGAGUUUGUAAACGGGCUGACAGGAAAUGGACUCCGAGCCUGAAUAUAUAUACGGCCAGUGCUCUCCUUGAUGGGGCUCAUCUGCAAUUACAACAAUCUGAAUAUCUUGGAUAUAAAAAGAUUCAAACAGCAGUUCAUUCUCGAAUCAACCUUUGCCAAACUCCCCAUACUCUCAAAGCAAUAUAAUCAGUCUUACAUCUUGUUCAACAACAACUCUUAUCCGUCGACAUCACUCUACGCGAUUUUAGACCAUACUCUACUACCGUAAUCGAUCGACGAAAAACACAUACUCCUUGACAGGACCAACUAUUCCAAUUUUCAAAGUCUCGCACAACCAUACCAAUCAUGCCUCUCGGACUCUCAUCAAAAAAGACUUCCUCGCUGGCUGCUAAGCCUGAAGCAAUGUCUUCCGAAGUAACCUUGGUUGACUCUUCGCAUACACGGUCGGAUAAACAAGCUGCAGCUGGUCCUAGCAGCAAGAAGACGAAGAUGACAUGGAAAGAGGCUCGAGCCCAGUGCAAGAAAGAGGAAAACUGGGAAACCCGAGUACGUGCGAUGGGAUAUUAAUACUAAUUAUGAAUGGGCACAGCUAUAUAGUGUUCUCUGAGUGCUUGCCACAAAGAGACCGGAAAAUUGUUUUUCUUUAUAUGGGAUGCUUAAUUACGGUACACGAUGGGUUGGAGUUUGUUUCAAAAGCACGCAACAGAUUGUCUUUCAAAAUUGCAAAACUCUGCUAUCCAAUUACGAAUCUAGCUACACAUUCAUAGCAAAGUUUCUGUCCCAAUAGCAAGAGCAGGAUACCCUUGGAUUUAAUAUACUUGAAUUUCUUCACA